AUGGCGAGCGACUAUGUACUAAUUCCUCAUUGCACUGUUGAUGAUGGUGUGGGGUUAUCACAGGCCAAGACUGAGUCCUUUGUUAAAGAGCCUUGGUGGACCAGCGAAUUCCCGCCUGAUAGACAGGAGACGAUUCUCGAUUCCAUGAUUCUACGAGAGCCCUAUAAUCAGCUCACGGCAAGGAACAUCCGCCGCCAUCAAAAAGUCAUUCACGUUCCCACGGGCGAGAUUGUCGGCUACUCGCGAUGGUUUGUACCCAACCCAGACGACUGGCUCGAGGCGCAGACCCCGGCUGUUAGUGAAGAAGAAGAGGCUCACUGGAAACUGCAAUACAACACGGCUUAUUGGCAUUUCGUUGAAGAUGGCCAGGGCACUGACGACCAUGUCUCUGCUUGGCGGGCGGCUCAUACCCCUACUGGCCCGGUUAUCAGUCUUGAAUAUCUCUGCUGCAAGCAGUCGCACCAAAAGCGUGGAGUGGCUUCGCUGCUCAUUAGGUCCGGCUGCGAGCAGGCGGACAAGCUCAAGUUGCCCAUAACAAUCUACGCCAUGGGGGAGAAGGCUAGGGACGCCUACCUGAAGCAUGGCUUCCAGCAACUGGCAGAGAAGCACCAGGACCUGCGCCCGUUCAGGGAUUGCGUGUACCACACUUAUUGGAUGGUCCGCCACCCUCAGUGA